AACCCGUGCAUUUGCACGGGCUAUGUGCUAGUUUUAAGAAAUAGAAGAAAAUAAAAACAUAGGAGGGAUGGAAGGGCAAAUGGGUCAUUUAAGGGGCACUCUGAAAACAGAUUAGCUUGAGAGAGAAGAAAGAGCGAAAGCAUAACAGAAGAAAGAGAGAAGCGCAAGUUAGCGCCAUUGUUUCCUCUCAGUCUCAGUCUCAGUCUCACCCAUUCUUCUCUACUCUUCCUCUUCCUAUCGCUUUUCUUCUUCCUCUUCGAACUUAAACUCACCGAUUUUGCAGACAUGGCUUGCAGGCGUUUGAUAACGCAGGCUACAAGGCAUCAAUCAGAAUUUGGAAAGCUCAAAAAUUUGUUAGCUAGAAGCUAUAAUUUGUCUGUUAACAAGUUUGAAGGCUUUAAAGGGAAUAGGCUUUGCUGUUCUCAGGAGAGAUUCCAAUCAAGCUAUGUUGGUAAUCUGGCUUGUCAAGGGCGUGAAGCAGAUAAAGCUAGUGAAGUUGAUCUUAAAGAACUUAACCAUCGAAAUGAUGCUGAAGCUGUGAUAAGAGCAUUUGAAUGUCAGCCAUCUCUACAUGCUAAUCCUUCAGCGGUUUCUGAAUAUGUUAAAGCAUUGGUGAAAGUUGAUAGCCUGGAUGAAAGUGAAUUAUUGAAGACUUUGCAUAGAGGACUUGGUAUGAAUGAAGAAGUGCAGCCCGGUGUGGAGUCAAGUACUAAAUUUAGUGACAUAAAAGGUGUUGAUGAGGCAAAAGGAGAACUGGAAGAAAUUGUUCACUACUUCCGGGAUCCUAAGUUCUAUACUCGUCUUGGUGCGAAGUUCCCAAAAUGUUUUUUGCUUGCUGGCCCGUCUGGCAAUGGUAAAACGAUGUUGGCAACAGCUGUUGCUGGAGAGGCUGGGGUUCCUUUCUUCUCAUGCAGUGGACGUGAAUUUAAAGGAAUGUCUGUUGGGGCUGGCGCACGAAGGAUGAAGGAUCUCUUUGCUGCUGCAAAAAAGCGGUCACCUUGUAUAAUCUUCAUUGAUGAGAUCGAUGCUAUUGGAGCAAGCCAAAAUCAAUUCCUCGUUGAGCUCGAUGGACUCAAGCAAAACGAUGGCAUAAUUGUGAUUGCAGCUACUAAUGUUCCAACGUCACUAGAUAAGGCCUUGGUAAAACCUGGUCGAUUUGAUCGCCAUGUCGAUGUGCUUUGAAGGAAGGCUCCAGAUUUUGGAAUCUCUCUUGUCAAAGGUGCUGAAGGCUGAUGAUAUUAAUUUGAAGUACUUCACUAAACAAACAUAUCUGUUCUCUGGUGCUGACCUUGCAAACAUGGUUAAUACUGCGGUUCUUAAGGCUACAAUGGGUGGUGCAAAAGCUGUGACCAAGAAAGAUUUAAAGUAUUCCAUUAUUCUAAUUAAUAUAAGUUCCACUAUAAUGAAAUACUGUUUCAAAAAACUAUAAUGAAAUACAAUUAAAAUAUAAAUAUAAAUUUAUAAUAAAUAAUUUUAAUUUCUUCGUGAA